CAAUCAAAAUUUAAUAGUACUGAUUUAAUUAUUUUACAAUAAAAUAUGAAAAAUAAGGAAGAUAAUUUGAAAUGAACGAACAAAAGACCAAGAAGACUAAUAGUAUUUUCCAGCACAUACCGGAAGCCCCGCAACGGCGGGUAUCGUUCUCCAAGCCGUCCAAGUUCUCAAAGUUACCGUCGUCAUGGCAGCUGGCUAAGGGCUCUACGCAUGGAGCCACAGAAAAAUCCACUCCAGUGCCUCGUGUUAUUUCUUUUUCUCGGCCUUCUAAAUCUUCCUUGAAGCAAGGAUCACAUAACAAAGCCAUAGGAGUAUGCACCAGAAACAAAAAACGUGAUGCCACAUCCUCGACGACGGUGGACACUCGUCGACGCCUGCAGGACCCGACACCUACCCACCUCAAAUAUGGCACGUUCCGCAGACUCUCAAAACUCCGGCAAUCUCAAGAAGACCCGUUACUCAGCCCAAGAUGUGAGUCCAGGCCCAUCGUCGUGGCGCGCUCCAGCGUCACCGAGAAGAGGUCGCCAUCGCCUAAGGACCCGCUGAAGAUUGAGAGAAGUAGUAUUACUCCACCUACCGACACGGCGCCUCUCCAGCACUCCCCGCUCCGGCGGCCCACAAGACGUGUCUAUCUUUCCCGAACAGAACCUAUUCACCUCGACAUCAAGCCGAAGAGUUUCCCGUCUAUGUUGUGGUGUUAGAUAUAGCUCCUAAAC